CUACCCAUCCAUCCAUCCAUCCAUCCAUCACCCAUCCAUCCAUCCAUCCAUCACCCAUCCAUCUACUCACCCAUCCAUCCAUCCAUCCAUCCAUCUACUCAUCCAUCCAUCCACCCAUCCAUCCAUGCAUUUAUCUAUCUAUCCAUCCACUCAUCCAUCCAUCUAUCCAUCCAUCCAUCCAUCCAUCUACCCAUCCAUCCAUCCGUCAUCCAUCCAUCUACUCAUCCAUCCAUCCACCCAUCCAUCAUCCAUCCAUCUACUCAUCCAUCCAUCUAUCCAUCCAUCCAUCCAUCCAUCCAUCUACCCAUCCAUGCAUUUAUCCAUCUAUCCACUCCUUUUUCCAUCCACCACCUAACAAAUGAUUACAGAGCCCGUGUCUCUGUCUAUCCACCCAUCUAUCCAUCCAUCUAUCCAUCCAUCUAUCCAUCUAUCCACCCAUCUAUCCAUCCAUCCAUCCAUUUAUCUAUCUAUCCAUCUAUCUAUCUGUCUGUCUGUCUAUCUAUCUAUCAUCUAUCUACCUACCUAACCACCUAAUCUACAUAUGCAUGCAUCUA